GGCUCUCCAGGGAAUCCUCCUGCUCUGAUUGUGACCAUGGGAAAGAGAGUGGCUGUCGUGCUGGCUGGCUGUGGGGUGUACGACGGGAGUGAGAUCCAUGAGUCUUCUGCUGUGCUGGUGCAUCUCAGCAGGGAGGGGGCACAGGCAGAGGUUUAUGCUCCUGAUGUUGACCAGAUGCAUGUGGUGGACCACGUGAAAGGACAGCCAACUCAGGAGAAGCGCAACGUGCUAGUUGAAAGUGCCAGAAUAGCCAGAGGCAACAUCAAGGAUCUAGCUAAGCUGGAUGUCAAGGGGCUGGAUGCCCUAAUCAUACCAGGUGGCUUUGGAGUGGCUAAAAACCUGAGUACUUGGGCCACCCAAGGCAAGAACUGCAUCGUCUCCAAAGAGGUGGAGGACGUCCUGAAGGCAUUCCACGCUGCCAAAAAGCCCAUUGGCCUGUGCUGCAUUUCCCCAGUGCUGGCAGCCAAAAUCUUCCCAGGUUGCGAGCUGACUGUGGGUCAUGACACAGAGUGUGAGAAAUGGCCUUAUGCGAAGACUGCUGAGACCAUGAAGGAGCUUGGUUGCAAGCAUGUGAACAAACACGUCACUGAAAUUCACGUGGAUGUGAAGAACAAGCUGGUGACCACCAGCGCCUUCAUGUGCAAUGCCCCCAUUCAUGAAGUCUACGAUGGCAUCGGAAAAAUGGUCAGAGAAGUGGUCAGACUUGCCUGAAUGCCACAAAGCCA